AUGUGCAUUGGUGUUUUAUAUGUUUCUUAGGAAGCAGACAUUCCAAUCGAUAUCCAUGCAGGGAAGCUGCUGGAUUGGCUGGUUUCUCGACGGAUUGCCGACAAAAAUUGGCACCUUUAUGUACGCAAUAUUCGUAACAAAAUCAGCAAUGCCAUCACGGAUAUGCCCGCGCACGACGAGUUGUUGCAGCUUCUUUCCGGCGCACAUAUCAAUUAUUUCCACUGCCAACGCAUCGUGGAAAUCUUGAAAACAACGGAGGUCGAUUCAAAGAACGUUUUUGGCCGAUACGGCAGCCAGCGAAUGAAGGACUGGCAGGAGAUCGUCAAAAUGUACGAAAAGGACAACCUGUACAUAGCGGAAGCGGCACAAAUACUGAUGCGAAAUAUCAAUUACGAGAUUCCCGGGAUACGUAAGCAGAUCAAGCACCUCGAGCAGCUGGGCGAAGAAGCGGAAAAGAAGAUAGAAGAUCUGGAGCGCUCUGAGAAGGUGGUGCUAGCUGAGUACCAGCAAAUGUGCAAACAGCUUGGUGUUUCCGGUGAAAAUUUGCGCCAGGAGUUGGUGAACAAAAUGUUCAACGAUUUACCGAGCAUGUUAACAAGCCUUGCCAGCUCUGUCUCGCCUCUAAAGAAACCGGUAGAGCUGUACGGUUCAUUCUUGGGAGGCGCUGAAUGUUUGCCACUGCUAAAACACGUUCUCGCUAAAGGCAACACGACGGUCUACGAGUUCGUCUACGGCGAGACGCCUCUAGCUGUCGAAGAACCACCAGUUAAAUUCACGCAAGAGGACACUCUCGACCAGGAAGAGAACGCUGUCAUCGAUUUCGGCGAUGAUGGAGGAGAAAUCGAUUUUGGCAACGAAGUUGUUGAUUUAGGUGCACCGGUCGAACUGGAUGUCGGCGAUAUUGACUGGGGUGCACCGGAAGAGGAGCCAGCUGCAAACAAUGGCAACGCAAUCGAUUUCAACAUUUCACUAGAAGAGAGUGGCAUAGUCGUGGAGGAGGACGGGAAUAUGGGCGGCGUCGCUAAAGGGGAUGAAGCGUACACCGUGCUGGAUGCCCCGCAGUAUCGGGAUCGGUUUAUGAAUGAUCUGCUGGAGCUGCAGGCUUUCCUUAAGAUGCGCCUCCAACAGCUAGGUAGCUCCGAUAAGGCACAACUGCUAUCAUUCGUGAUCAUGGAGAACCAUUUCGAUCACGAUGAAAAGACCGUGGCGGCUAUGCUGGCCGAAGCGGAGGUUGUUUACGCAGCAUUGACGCACGACCUGAUGCAACAUUUGCUACAAAUAAAGCAUUCCUCUGUGUACGUGGAUAUCCUAACGUCUAACGUGAAGCAAAAGCUAUCUUCCAUCGACAAAAUGAAAGACACGGUACAGCAGCUCAAGCAAAAGUCCGUCACCUUCAAGCAGCAAGCUGUUGAACUGAAACCGACGCAGGCUAAAAUCGUGGAGCAGACCAAAAUUCUGCAAGGCCAGAUUGAGAGGGAUAUCUCGAAGAGAUAUAAAAAUCGCGUGGUCAACCUUUACGGUACCAAUGUGUAAAGAAGAAUGGCGAUUUCUUUAUUGUUUAUGUUUAUCCUGUUCCCGGUUAUUAAUACCAAUUUGUGUGCGUUAAUAAAAAAAAACA